AUCCGAUUGUCAUUGAAAUAUGAUUUCACUUCACUCCCACUCUGGGCAGUACUGCCUACAUGCCAAAGGGGAAUUGGAAGAUGUGGUUCUCAGAGCUAUAGAACUUGGAUUUGAAGUUUAUGGCCUUUCUGAACAUGUACCGCGAUCUCGGCCGCAGGACCUGUACCCGGAAGAAUCACAUAUAACUCCCGACGACCUCCAAGCCACUUUCACAGCCUUUGUCGCUAACGCACGUCUCUUACAAGAAAAGUAUCGUUCACAAAUUCGCCUAGUUAUAGGGGCGGAAACAGAACAUAUUCACGCAGAUACGCUCAACGAACUCGAAACACUCUGUCGAUCUGUACCUUUGGAUUAUGUCGUCGGUUCUGUACAUCACGUCAAAGGCCACCCCAUCGAUUUUGAUUUAUCUCGCUACGAACUUGCAGAGAGAGCUGUGGGUGGUACCGAGGCGCUUUUCCAGGCCUACUUUGAUGCUCAAUAUGAGAUGCUACUGCGGGUUAAGCCUAGUGUAGUUGGGCACUUUGAUCUCGUGCGCCUGUUCAGACCGAAUCAUGUCUUGUCUGACAAUGUUUGGACCAAAAUUCAUCGGAAUAUCGACGCUAUUACUGGCUACGGGGGACUAGUUGAAAUAAACUCUCGCGCGUGGAAGAAAGGAUUGAGAGACGCUUAUCCACAGCGCGAUAUACUGGAGUGCAUGAAAGAGAAAGGAGUAAGGUUCACAUUGUCCGACGAUAGCCAUGGCCCAGCAGAUGUUGGCAUGCAUUAUGAUAAACUGCGCGACUAUUUGGUGGAAAGAAAAAUUACUACCCUACAUUUUCCAAUGGCCAAUGCGGAAACUCAGUCCAUUGAUUUUGAUCCUGAGCACCCUUUCUGGACAUCUGUAUGGAAGUGAUCGAGACAUUGCGAGCCUGAUCUCACGGCGGAGCAUGGCAUUCUUAACUGAGAGUGACCGCACUAGUCGGUUCAAAAGAUUAGAUUAACAGGGUAAAUGGAGAUAGAUGUGGCCGGGCCCAUAGAUCGGGGGUUAGACAUCUCGAUUUGUCAAGUGGGUUGAUGAAGGAUGUGUUUACGCUGCCACUAGCUCCUUUACACAGAUUAUAUACUCAACGGGCUAUAUUAUCCCAAAUACAAUAUCCCAAACGCUCAGA